UAUAAACCCUUUUCCAUUUAUAUUCCUUCUUCUUUAGAUUCUCUGCAACUUCUUGUUUUUCUCUUUCGCAUUUUCACAUAGUAACAAUGGAAGGUGGAGACCCAAUGCUAACCCUAGAAAACCCUUUGACGUCGUCCUUUGAAAAAACCCUAAUGAUGAUGGCUCCAUUAUCCGGCGGAAACGAGGGGGCGUCUUCUUCUUUUUCUCCGGUGAACUUUCCGGCGCCAGCGCCGGAGAACGUCGGAGGAGGAGCGGGUGUGAAGAGUAACAAAGGGAAAGGGAAGGGAUCGGCGGCGACCCCGAGGAUCGCGUUUCAUACGAGGAGUGUUGAUGAUGUUCUUGACGACGGUUAUCGAUGGCGAAAAUAUGGUCAGAAAUCUGUCAAGAACAACGCUCAUCCCAGGAGUUAUUACAGAUGUACGUACCAGACAUGCAACGUGAAGAAACAAGUGCAGAGAGAGGCAAAAGACCCAAGCAUCAUCGUGACGACUUACGAAGGAAUUCACAAUCACCCUUGCGAGAAGCUCAUGGAGACUCUCUCUCCUCUUCUCCGCCAGCUUCAGUUCCUCUCCAGGGUUUUCUGAUGAUUUUCUUUCUUAUUAAUCCCUCCUGUAAUUUGUAAUUAAUCAAACCUUCCUUAAAAUGUGCUUCUUAAUCAAUUACUCAGACAGAACUGUACAUAAACAAGCUUACAGAUCAUUUAAUGUAAUGUAACAAUUGUUGUAAGAUUCAUUUCUUUCGCUGUCAUGUCUCUAAACAAGUGAGGAAAGUUAUAUAAUUUUGGAGCAAUUACGGAGACGAAUUUGUUCUGAAAAUAAAACACAUGUUUAAACAAAAUAACAUGAUAAAUAAUUAUAAUCAUUACCGAAAC